AUGGCCAACUUAGGAAUUCAAGAUGACUUGAGGAUUGAUAAUAAUAGGGCAAAAGUAGUUGCACUUGCUUGCAAAAUGGUUGGCGGUGGCAGUGAUGGCUCCCUUGAUCUUUGUGCAAGGGUUUGCCUCACCGAUGAAUAUGAAAACAUGAUGUUCCAUACAUAUGUCAAACCUCCCCUUUCAGUCACCAAUUACAGGUACGAUAUGACUGGAAUACGUCCAGAAUUCUUAAGGGAUGCAAUGCCAUUAAGACAAGUCCAGAGGAAGAUUCAAGAUUUUUUAUGCAACGGGGAACCUGUAUGGAAGAUACGCUCUAGAGGUGGAACAGCAAGGAUCCUUGUAGGUCAUGGUCUGGAUCAUGACCUUAAAUGCCUAGAAAUGGAGUACCCUACCGUAAUGAUCAGGCAAGUUUCUGUGGACACAGCAAAAUAUCCUCCAUUAAUGAAAACAAGCAAGCUCAGCAACUCCCUCAAGUACCUGACAAAAUCAUACCUAGGGUAUGAUAUUCAAACUGGUAUACAAGAUCCUUACGAGGACUGCGUCGCCACAUUGAGGCUUUACACAAGGAUGAAAUCCCAAGUUCAUAAAAUGGAGAACUAUCCGCUCGCUACUGACCCACAAAACCGAAACAAUUUCGCGUCAUGGAGGCAAAGUGAGCUGGAGAGGAUGACCCCAGAUGAAAUGCUGGAGAUCUCAAGGUCCGAUUACUACUGUUGGUGCUUGGACUGCAAAGAUGGUGCCUAA